UUCUCCUCUCUUUUGUUUUCUCUUUGUGGGUUUGUUUGGGUUUCCACGCCAUCUCUGCUGAUGAAAAAAUGGCUGCUUUCCAUACUUUUUUCAAGUUAGGAAUGGAGUUUUAGAGGUUGGCUUGAACACUGGAAGAUGGAGACCAAGAGAAGGCAGCCAGCUCUGGUUGAUUCCACAUCAUGUCUAUGUAGAGUUGAUGCCAGAGAUAAGAAGUUCAUCCCAGUAACAAAGCUCUGCAUUCAAUCCAAUAUAAUCCAACCAUCAAAGCACAAUGCAGCAGCAACCUCACCAGCCACACAAGCACAGGAGUCACUGCUCCCCGGCCUCCCGGACGACCUUGCCAUCGCAUGUCUAGUGCGCGUCCCUCGCGCAGAGCACCACAAGUUAAGACAUGUCUGCAAGAGAUGGCAGCGUCUCCUCAUUGGCAACUACUUCUACUCCCUCCGGCAAAGCCUCGGCAUCGCCGAGGAAUGGAUAUACAUAAUCAAAAGAGACAAAGACGGUCACAUUUCAUGGGAUGCCUUUGAUCCCAUAUCUCAACAAUGGCAAACUCUUCCGCCCAUUCCGGUCGAGUACAGUGAAGCUGUUGGGUUCGGUUGUGCAGUCCUUGCAGGUCACCAGCUUUACAUGUUUGGAGGCAAAGAUCCUGUGAGAGGCUCAAUGAGGAGAGUCAUAUACUACAACGCUCGGACUAACAAAUGGCACCGAGCUCCGGACAUGCUACGUCGGCGCCACUUGUUUGGCAGUUGUGUGCUAAACAACUGCUUGUAUGUGGCCGGUGGUGAGACUCAAGGAGCUGAACAAGCUCUCAAGUCUGCUGAAGUCUAUGAUCCAAUCAAGAACAGGUGGUUUCUAAUCUCAGACAUGAGCACGUCCAUGAUUCCAUUCAUCAGUGUUGUUUACAAAGGGAGGUGGUUUAUCAAAGGGUUGGGUCCUCAUCGCCAGGUUCUUAGUGAGGUUUACUACCCUGAAGCUAAUGCUUGGCUCCCGGUGUUUGAUGGCAUGGUGAGCGGGUGGCGCAACCCGUGCACGUGCUUGAAUGGGAUGCUAUAUGCCUUGGAAUGUAGAGAUGGAUGCAAGUUGAGAGUCUACGAUGGGGCUUCGGACUCGUGGAUUAAGUGCAUGGAUAGCAAGUUGCAUCUCGGGAGCUCACGAGCGCUCGAGGCCGCUGCACUGUUUCCGAUCAAUGGGAAGCUGUGCAUCAUCCGGAAUAACAUGAGUAUAACAUUGGUUGAUGUUGCUGGGGCUCCGAAGAAGUCAUCUAACUGGGAGACACUUGCUGGUUAUGGACCCAUCAAAACUUUUGUUACUAAUCUUUGGUCAAGUUUGGCCGGGCGUAGACGUCUCCAGAGUCAUAUUGUUCACUGCCAGGUUCUUAAGGUUUAGAAAAUAGAUGAAUAGAAU